AAGAGUGUUUGUUGUGUAAAUUUCUGUGUUUUUGUUAUUACAUCGGUAAAUUGUUUAUUGUUUGAAGUCAAAAAAGUGUUGCCAAGAUGCCUGUGUUUCAUACGAAAACGAUAGAGAGCAUUUUGGAACCUGUUGCUCAGCAGGUGUCACGUUUGGUGAUCCUUCAUGAAGAAGCAGAAGAUGGCAAUCCUAUGCCUGAUCUUGAACGGCCUGUAAUGGCUGUUAGUCGUGCUGUUGCUAAUUUAGUCAAGGUUGGACGAGAAACAAUCAACAGCAGUGAUGAUCCAAUUCUGAAGCAAGAUAUGCCAGCAGCUUUGAUGAGAGUAGAAGGUGCAUCAAAACUGCUUGAGGAAGCAUCUGCUAUGCUCAAGCAGGACCCAUUGAGUGGAUCAGCAAGAAAGAAAUUGAUUGAAGGUUCUCGUGGCAUUCUGCAAGGUACAUCAGCUCUCUUGCUGUGUUUUGAUGAAUCAGAGGUUCGCAAGAUCAUUAGAGAAUGCAAGAGAGUGCUGGAUUAUCUGGCUGUAGCAGAAGUCAUUGAGACAAUGGAGGAUUUAGUGCAAUUCUUAAAAGAUUUGAGCCCCUGCCUUAGCAAGGUUUCUCGUGAGGUUGGUGGUCGAGAGAAAGAGUUAACUCAUCAGGUGCAUCGUGAAAUCCUCAUAAGAUGCUUGGAUCAAGUUAAGACGCUUGCACCAAUUCUUAUAUGUAGUAUGAAGAUAUUCAUUCAUAUCAUUGCACAGGGUGGCAAAGGUGCUGAAGAAGCUGCUGAGAACCGUAAUUAUUUGGCACAACGAAUGACAGAUGAAAUAAAUGAGAUUAUUAGGGUACUACAGUUGACAACAUAUGAUGAAGAAGAAUGGGAUGCUGAUAACCUUACUGUAAUGAAGAAAGCUCAGAAUGCUAUUGAAGGAAAAAUACGUGCCGCUCAUGACUGGCUUGAGGAUCCACUUGCCCUCCGAGGAGGAGUAGGAGAGAAAUCUGUCAGGCAGGUUCUGGAACAUGCCAACAGGGUAGCUGAUCGUGCCUUGCCUGGUGAUUCUGAGGCCCUUCACCGGUUGUGUGGUGAAGUGACAACAAUGACAGAUGCUCUUUGUGAACUGCGUCAAGAUGGAAAGGGAGCCACUCCACAGGCAGAAUGCUUGGCACGUGGUAUUCAGGAAAAACUGUCAGCAUUGCAGUCACUUGUUGGGCGAGCUGUCCAAUCUGUGGAGAGAUCUGGUGUCCAACAACCUGCUCACACUGUUACUGGGAGAUUGGAGCAAGCAAGGCGAUGGCUGGCAAAUCCUGAACGAGAUGACCGUGGUUUGGGUCAGCGUGCAAUAGCACUCAUAGUUGAUGAGGGCAAAAAGGUUGCUGAAGGAUUGCCAGGAGUGCACAAAGCAGAAAUACUGCAGCUUUGUGAUGAGGUUGACAUGUUAUCACAUCAGUUAAGUGAUUUGUGCCAUCAGGGACUUGGUAAUUCAGCCCGUGCACAAGAUAUUGCAAGGGCACUAUCACAGAAGCUCUAUGAACUGAAGAACCGUAUCCAGGAUGCAGUUGUUAGUCGUGUUGUAGAAGAUUUUGUUGACAUUAGCACUCCUCUCAAACAAUUUACGGAUGCUGUCCAUUUGCCUGAAGAUACUCCGGGUGCUGAAUACAACUUCGCAGAGAAGGCUAAACAACUGCAGAAUUUUUCAAGCCGUGCAUCAAAAACUGCUCGAAUGGUUGCAGCUGGUGGCAGUGGUGGCAAUAAGAAGUUAGCUGAGGCACUGCUUAGUUCGGCUUCACAGGUGGAAAGCUUGACUCCUCAGCUGAUCAAUGCUGGCCGUAUUCGUAAAAGCUAUCCAGAGAGCAAAGCUGCUGAUGAACACUUUGAAAAUUUAGUUUCCCAAUAUUCUGAUAGCAUUCAACGAGUACGAGCUCUAUGUGAUGAAGCUACUGAUUCUGCUGACUUUAUCAAGAUGUCUGAGGAGCAAAUACAGAAACACACAGUUCUUUGUGAGGAUGCAAUUCACACAAAUCAACGCCAAAAGAUGGUUGACAACACAUCGAGCAUCGCACGACUUGCAAACCGUGUACUUAUGGUGGCCAAACAGGAGAGUGAUAACUCAGAAGACCCUCAGUUUGUGGACCGUGUUAAUCGUGCUUCUGUAGCUGUUCAAGGAAGUCUGCCACCCAUGGUACAUGGCGCAAAAGCAGUUGCUAUGAAUACUCAGGAUUCUAUUGCUGUUGCAAGGUGGCGAGAAUCUAACAGAGCGCUCCUGACAGCCGUCGGACAAGUGCGACAGGCUGUAACAGUUUCGCCAGAUCUGCCACCACCGCCAGAUAUGUCCAGCCUUAACAUCAAUGAUGAAAUUGUAGAACCUUUCCAGCCUUCGCUUCAGUAUAAUUACUUCACUGAGAAAGUGGGACAGCCUCUCCGUGAGCAGCUUGGAUCGGACCUUGGUGCUACUACUUCUGCUUCACCUGUCGGAUCACGACCCCACAGUUCUGCUGCCCUCAGCCCUCUGCCCAAAUGGGCUCGAGGCGACAAUGCAGACCUCUUAUACCAAGAACUGUCACCCGAUGAUUUCUCUGGACGAGAUUACGCUCCACCACGACCACCGUUGCCUGGUGGGGAAGUUCCACCACCAAGACCGCCUCCACCUGAGACAGAUGAUGAAGAUGAUAUGUUUUCACAUGCUCCUCUACCUAAUCAACCUAUUAUGGUAGCAGCUCAUGGACUACAUCAAGAAGUCCGUCAGUGGUCAAGUAAAGACAAUGACAUUAUUGCAGCUGCCAAGAAGAUGGCAGUAUUGAUGGGGCGUCUUAGUAAACUGGUGCGUGGGGAAGGUGGCAGUGGCAGCAAGCGGGAUCUUAUAGCCUGUGCCAAAUCAAUAGCUGAAGCCAGUGAAGAAGUCACGCGCCUUGCCAAAGAGCUUGCCAGAGAAUGCACUGACAAACGAAUGCGCACUAACCUCCUUCAGGUGUGUGAACGUAUUCCAACAAUUGGGACACAGCUGAAAAUACUUUCCACAGUGAAGGCAACAAUGUUAGGAGCUCAAGAAACUAUUCCACGGAUGGACAUGGGAGAGAUUCGAGGGGGAACUGAAGAGGAUCAGGAAGCGACAGAUAUGCUUGUCGGAAAUGCCCAAAACCUUAUGCAAUCUGUGAAGGAAACUGUACGUGCUGCUGAAUCAGCUUCCAUAAAGAUACGAACAGAUGCUGGUAUCAGGCUUCGCUGGGUCCGUAAGCAACCCUGGUACCAGUAUUGAGAUUUCCUUCUCCAGUAACAGGUUAUUUGCAAAAAACUAGUUGACCUGAACGGUUGAUGUUGCUGCAUCCAGGUGAUACUCUUAAUCACUAGAAUGUUCCUUUUGAUGUAGAAAGGAAUACCUAUUUUCAUAAUUGUUUAGAAAAAUGGGGUAAUUUUUAAUGGUCUUUUCCACAGAAUGAGAUUUACUCUAUACAAAGCAAAUGUAGGAAAAUAUUUUUAGAAUCUCAACUAGUUCUAGCAAAUGUCCAUCUAUCUUAUUUUUAAUCUGUCAUUAUUGUUGAAGUAAGACAUUAGAUCCCUCCAUGCACUAUGGGAAAAAAAAGGUAGAAAUUAAAAGUCAUGAUGACUAAUUGCGUAAGUAUUCAGCUUUAACAUCGAUAUUGUUAACAUGCAAAGCAAAUUGACUGCACUUGCUGUGUAGGUUGACAGCAGACAGCAUAAAGUUUCUGUAGACAUCAAAAUUUUUGCACCUUUAUUAAGUGAUUAUUAAAAUUAGUGUAAGAGGAAAUAAGCAGAAUUUUGUGUGGAGUACUGUAGCAAACAUUUUUUUUU